GUUUAGUGAGAGCUAUUACUGAUGCUGUUGUGUUUUUGUAUGUCCGGUUCAGAGAUACGCCAACAAGCAUCCCUAUCUAAUAAAGGAGGACAUCCAUGUAAUGUCACUGAUCUGAAUGAAGCAAAAUGCAACCAGACUCCAGUCCUGAUACUCAAGAUCUCAAAAGAAGCUGUUGACAUCCUCAAAGGCCCAAUGGUCACACGCAUCAUGCCCUCAUUCUACAUCUUCAUCAUCCUCAUUAGUUUGCCCCUGAAUGCUUUGGCCUUGGUGACAUUCACCUGUAAGAUUCGAGACAAGAAACCAGCUGUGAUCUACAUGUCUCACCUGGCGUGUGUGGACCUGCUCUUCACUCUGCUGCUGCCUCUGAAGAUCCACUACCAGCUGAACGCUUCAGAUUGGGUGUUCGGUGAGGCGGCGUGUCGUGUGAUCAGUGCAGCUUACUACUGCUACAUGUACUGCUCCAUACUGCUGAUGAUGUGCAUAAGUGUGGACAGGCUGCUGGCUGUUGUGCUUCCCAUCCCCUCUCUGACCUGGAGGAAAGCAAGGAAUGCCUCAUUCAUAUGCACAUUAGUCUGGCUGCUGGCACUCGCGGGUACUGUGCCACUUCUCUCAGUGAAACAAACAUUCAAGAUUAAGGAUGUGGGCAUCACAUGCCAUGAUGCUCUGAUACAUGAUGACCCUACGGAUCAGCUGUACAUGUACCUGUUCUUCAUCCUCUCCUGCCUCUACUACUUUGUGCCACUUAUUGUCACCUUAGUGAGUUAUUCCAUCAUCAUAUAUGUGCUCCGUACCAAGUCUAAUCAAUUUGCUAAAUCCUCAUCACUCUCAGAAAAAAAAAGAAGAGCUGUGAUUAUGGCUAUUGUCGUACUUAUGGUGUUUGUGAUGUGCUUUGCUCCAACCAAUGGCAUCCUGUUGUACCACUGUGUUCAAUUAGCUAAAAUGAACAGCAGGAAGGAAGAUUCAUCAUAUGCGGCAACUAUUACUGAAAUCAACACCAAGAUGGGAGAUUCUUCAUAUGCGGCUUACCUGUUGGCUGUGUGUUUGGGGAGUUUAAGUGUUUUUCUGGACCCUCUUCUGUACUAUUACGGCUCUUCUCAGAGCAGACAGAAGAUCAAGUCUGUGUUUUGGUGGAGAUUGGGGAAAACCACCUUAUCAAAUUCAAACACUCAGACAAAAUCCUCUUUUGUGAGUUGUGAGUACAGCCAGGCGCACGUUAAGAUGUGAAUUGUUUCGACAUAGAGCUAAUGAAAUUUCAGCAGUUGUAUAUUCAUAUAUUGUGCCAUUGAAAGAAUAUUGAAUUCAAAGUUAUCUCUUUUUUGGCCAGAAAUCCUUAUUCAUGUUAAAGUGGGAUGAAUAUCCCUUCCAUGCUGUUGCUGUAAAAUCCAGCAUCUCUGUAACUAGGUCAAAUUGAUUGAACCUAUUCAAUGCUUAAGAGACUCCAUUUCCUGUUUGUGACUUGGAGAUGUGAGAAACACAGUGUUACUGAAAGCAUUUUACAUCGCCCUGUUUAGAUCACUUUUUUAGAUACCAUUUUUUCAGGCUAAAGAAAUUUGAGUUAAGUGGCAGUAAAUCUGUCUUAAACAUAACAGAAUAUUGUAUAGCAGACAUUUAAAGAUAUGCUAUUUUAACAUUUAUUUGAUACAGUUACAUCUAUUUAAUUUUGAUUGCUAGACAAUUACAAAAGUAUACAAAUAAGGGAUUUAGACUAAAAUUUGUACAAUUGAAUAGUUAAUAAAACAGAUCAUUUUAAUAUUUUCUGUAAUAUUAAUCAGCAUUUUCUAAAAGUUAAGCACCUAUUUUCACUAAAUAUUUGUUUAGAAAGAUAUAAUGAAAACAUUUCAUGGUCUAUUUAGUGCCUUAUUUGUGGAACAUGCCAGCAGUCAAAAUACAACAAAUAUAUAAAGCAGUCAAUCCCAGAGAGUGUGUAGGUGGAAAAAACAUGAUUUUGACUGUUUUGUAAUUCUGGAGGCAAAAAGUUAAGCUGCAGCUACUGUAAUUAAUUUUUUGCAUGAAGACAUGUUAUCUUUGUAUAUUUUAAGACUUUUUUCCAUCUCUGUAUUCAGUUAAGCUAUAGCCUAUUUUGCUUUACAGGUUCACUCCACUAUAUUAAAAUGCAAAUUUUAACCAACAGCUCGAAUGUGUAAAUAAUUCUGCAUAUUCAAUUAUAUGCUCAUAUGAAUAAUAUAUGUAUAAUCUGUGCACAUUUUCUCAGAUAAUUAUAUUUUAUAACUGAUCUUAGCUUUUAUAUUUGUAAUAUGGGGGUUAAUUGUCAAAAAAGUUUAUUUUAUUAUAUUAUUUUCUCAAACAUUUACAUUCUGGUCUCAUAAAUAUAAUGAAAAUUUGAUUGGAGUAAGAAGUGUAAAAACUUGCCCUGUUCUCCCCUAUAUAAUAUUUUAUUGCUGAAGUAUCUUUAUAUAAUUCUUUUCUCAGGUCGUGGCAAAAUGGAAAGGCUAAAAUCUUGUCUUACAGCAGAGACAAGUCAUGUUCUGUCACAUUAUAUUUAUCUGAUGUACAGAUAAGCAUAAACUCCCCAUUCCAUAAAUAACAUUGACGUCAUUUUGAAAAGGCUUGGGACUUAUUUCAAUGAUUCAGAGUUGACUCUUGCUUUUGAGAGACAAUAAUUUUAUACACGGUAUACACUUCCAGAUUUAAAACUUUGCAGGAUGUUUUCAUUCACUUAGACCUGUGUGUUACACAUUGCAUGGAAGGUCAUUUUCAAAAAUCCAUAACAGAGGCACUUUUAGUGUUCGAAUUGUCAAAGCUCUUGGGGGUAUCCCAAACCAAAUCCCCCACCCCCAUGCCACCUUCAAAAAAAUAAAUAAAACUUUAUAUAAAU